CUCGCCAAAUCAGUCUCCGCUGAUAGCGCGCGUCUUCUACGCAUUGGGUUGGCUCAUGAUGUGCCGACCGCACUCGCNGACAAUCGUCCUCGCCCUCCUCCGAGACCCAGCCUUCAAUCUCGCUGCGCAGUCUCCAAGCUUGACCAAUACCUCUCGUUUAGACCUUUCCAGGANUUCAGAACGCCAUCGCCAUCGCCAUCACCAAUCUGCUAAGAGCCCAGGAUCUGAGACCUGCCAGGUUGAGGCUGUUCCAAACCCUGCCAGAUCGUCCAAAUCUCUCCAGCCAGGACCUCAGCGAAUAGCCAUACUUGACUUUGUCAUCCUGUGUAACUGCAUCCAGAAGAGGGGCAAGAAGAAGAAAAGAAGGAGGUCGAUAGCCUGCUUGAGUUACCACCGCACCACAAGAAGUUUCACUAUGAGAAGCUUCUCCACAGGUUGCCGCCGCUCUUCGAUACACUACUUCUCACACACGGACAAACUCCUUCUACCGUCGUCGCCCACCUCCACACGUCGCAAAGACAGUUUUUUCUUUGCCCAAUCCAGCCGAAGCCGACGAUCGUCUUCGCCCCGAAUCCUCUCCUGCCACACCCGCCAGCCUAGCUGGACAAUCGCCCGGGAUUCGUGCUUUCACGCUCUAUCUGUCCCGACUUCCGCG